AUGGUCACCUACAUGAAGGAAGUUGCCAAGCUUGGCGGUGAACUCACUGUCGAUGAGCGCAACCUCCUGUCUGUUGCCUACAAGAACGUUGUCGGAACUCGACGUGCGUCCUGGAGAAUUAUCUCCAGCAUCGAACAGAAGGAGGAGACCAAGGGCUCCGACAAACACGUCGGAAAGAUUCGUGAAUACCGUCAAAAGAUCGAGACAGAACUGGAGCAGGUCUGUGGCGAUGUACUCAACGUUCUUGACGAGUCUUUGAUCCCCAAGGCCGAGUCUGGCGAGUCAAAAGUUUUCUACCACAAGAUGAAGGGUGACUACCACCGUUAUCUCGCCGAGUUUGCCUCUGGCGAUAAGCGAAAGGAGGCUGCCCACGCUGCCCACGAGGCUUACAAGAACGCCACCGACGUCGCUCAGACUGAGCUCACUCCUACCCACCCCAUCCGUCUCGGUCUCGCCCUGAACUUCUCUGUCUUCUACUAUGAGAUCCUGAACUCGCCCGACCGUGCUUGCCAUCUCGCUAAGCAGGCUUUCGAUGAUGCCAUUGCCGAGCUCGACUCAUUGAGCGAGGAGAGCUACCGGGAUUCCACUCUUAUCAUGCAGCUCCUCCGUGACAACCUCACCCUGUGGACUUCAAGCGAGUCAGGUGAUGCUGAGGACCCGGCCGCCGCCGCAAAGGAGGAGCCCAAGGCAGAGGCUAAGACCGAGGAGGCCGCCCCUGCCGCUGCCGCUGCUGAGGAGUCUAAAUAA